CAUUACGGAGAGUUGUUUUUUGAAAAAUUUUGAAUCUUGGGGUCAGGAACCGCUUCGGUCGUGCCAUUGGCUACAGCUCCGGGCCGCCAAUGGCCUCUCAAUUCCGUACGUCGGUUAUGUAGAACUGGAUGUUGAACUUUGCGGGCGAGUGGUUUUAGGUUGCGGGGUGCUAGUGGUCAAGGACCCUCCGGGUGGUUUGUGUGCUCAGGUUCCUGGCGUUCUAGGAAUGAACGUCCUGAGCCGCUGCUACCAGGAACUCUUUGGCCAGCACGGCAUGAGUCUUUUUGAUUUACCUGUUGUGUCGCAGGCCCCUAAUUCUGUUUUCCAGGCCUUACAACAUUGCUGUCACAUUGACGUCCAGUCAGUUUCGGAUCAAGGGGGACGAGUUAGAGUGCGUGGACGUCGGGCAUGUCGUAUCCCAGGCGGUACAAUGAAAUUGGUGGUUGUGACCUGCUCAGCGCAGUACUCGAAUGGUACUGUGCUGUUUGAACCACCGGAGGCUGGCCUUCCUGCCGGUUUGUUGGCAUCUCCGUCGUUGGUGCCAGUAGAGCGUGGUACAGCUUAUGUGCCCGUGGUUAACGUUAGUGAGGCCGACGUGUUACUGUAUGCUGGCACGGUCAUAGGUACUGUCAACCAGGUUUACGUGGUUAGCUUACCCCCGGAGGUCACUGAGGUUAAAGUGGUAUCGGCUAGAGUGAGUACGCAGCAGGUUGUUCCCGCUAUAUCUGAACAGAUACGGGCGGUUGACUUAGCUGUACUGUCAGUUGAGGAACAAGGUAAGGUAAGGGCGCUUCUUGAAAAGUACGCGACUGUGUUUUCCACGCAUGAGGGAGAUCUGGGAUGUUCCAAUCUUAUUUCCCAUGAUAUCCCCCUGCUGGAUGAUGUCCCUGUACGGCAGCGAUACAGACGCAUUCCUCCAUCGGAGUAUGAGGUGGUGAAAGCUCAUAUAAACCAACUACUCGAGUCCCAGGUAAUCAGAGAAAGUUGUAGUCCAUACGCGUCACCCAUCGUCCAGGUCAGGAAGAAGGACGGUAGUCUGCGCAUGUGCGUAGACUAUCGUCAGUUAAAUUCUAAGACCAGAAAGGAUGCCUUUCCCCUGCCCCGGAUUGAAGAGACAUUGGACUCGCUGGUGGGGGCACGUUGGUUUUCCACCAUGGACCUCACCAGCGGGUACAAUCAGGUUCCGGUUACUGAGGCGGAUCGAUCAAAGACUGCCUUUUGCACUCCGUUUGGCCUCUUUGAAUGGAACAGGAUGCCUUUCGGUUUGUGCAAUGCCCCCAGCACCUUCCAACGAUUGAUGGAACGGAUGUUUGGGGACCAACAGGGUCAGUCUUUACUUCUUUACCUGGAUGACAUUGUUGUGUUUUCCUCUUCAGUUGACCAACAUCUGGCUCGGAUGGAGGUAGUGCUAAGCCGGUUACAAAAGGAGGGUUUGAAGGCUAAGUUAUCUAAGUGUGCGUUCUUUAAACAGGAAGUGCAGUACCUGGGUCAUGUCAUUUCGUCGGAGGGGGUCUCCACCGACCCAGGUAAGAUUGCAGCAGUUUCUCAGUGGCCGCUCCCAACUAACGUGGCCGAGCUGCGGUCAUUUUUAGGGUUUGCCAGCUAUUAUCGACGUUUCGUGGAGGGAUUCGCUAGGUUAGCUGCCCCCUUACAUCGAUUGGUGGCAGAGCUGACAAGUCCUAAGCAUUCGCGGAAGCCGAAGCAUAUCGGUGACGCCUGGUCUGCAGAGUGUCAGAGGGGUUUUGAGGAGUUAAAGAGGAAACUUACUACCGCUCCCGUUCUGGCCUAUGCUGACUUUUCGCUUCCAUUUAUUCUGGAGGUGGAUGCCAGUCAUGGGGGACUCGGGGCGGUUCUCUCACAGGACCAACAGGGCAAGGUGCGUCCUAUUGCCUAUGGUAGUCAGGGUCUUAGGCCCACUGCCAAUACAUCCACCUAUAGUUCCAUGAAAUUGGAGUUUCUUGCGCUCAAGUGGGCCAUGACCGAGAAGUUCCGUGAGUACCUCCUGGGGCAUAAGUGUAUGGUGUACACCGACAAUAACCCUCUUAGCUACCUGUCCUCUGCCAAGUUGGGGGCUAUGGAACAGCGUUGGGCUGCCCAGCUGGCAGCCUUUGACUUUGAGCUUAAAUAUAGAUCAGGUAAGAGUAACCGCAAUGCUGAUGCGUUGUCUCGCCAGAACUUCCAGGGAGAGGGAGAUCAAGAUUUGUGCCGGGGUGCAACUGUCCCGGUAUUGCUGCGUCAAGCCGCCCAAGAUGGAUUAACCACUUGGGUAAAUCAAAUUGCAUCCUUUCCCUGUCCUAUCCAGGAUAUGGGUAUGCAGCAGAGGGCAGAUCCAGUCGUUGGCGAGCUGUUGGUGUUCUGGAGGCGGAAGUUACCUCCUAGCUCAGAAGAGCGUAAGGAGCUCUCCAGAUCUGCGGUGAUCCUGUUGCGCCAAUGGGACCGUUUGGUGGAGCACGAGGGAGUGCUUUACCGCCGGGUGUUUCGCCCGGAUGGUGGAGAGGAGGUUCUCCAAGUGCUUUUACCAGCGGCCUUGAAGUCUAAAGUAUUGACUCAACUUCACCAGCAGCAUGGGCACCAGGGGGUGGAACGCACCACGCAGCUGGUACAGCAGAGAUGUUAUUGGCCAAGGAUGUCCUCUGACAUUGCCCGCUGGUGCCAGGAAUGUGAGAGAUGCCAAUGUGCCAAGGGUGAUCAGUCUACUCAUGCUAGUUUCAUGGGGCAUUUGUUGGCGGCACGGCCAAACGAGAUCGUAGCCCUGGAUUUCACGGUGUUGGAGCCCUCGAGUACCGGUCUUGAGAAUGUUUUGGUCAUGACCGAUAUCUUCACCAAGUACACCUUGGCUGUACCUACCAGGGACCAACGAGCUGAGACUGUGGCUCAGGUUCUGGUGGUCGAAUGGUUCUACAAAUUCGGGGUACCUGGUCGUAUCCAUUCAGACCAGGGCCGUAAUUUCGAGUCGGCUCUUAUUCAGCAGCUGUGCUGUUUAUAUGGAGUUGAAAAAUCACGCACCACGCCAUAUCAUCCGUCCGGAAAUGGGCAGUGCGAACGUUUCAACCGGACCUUGCACAAUCUGUUGCGUACAUUGCCGGUGUCAAGGAAGGGGGAUUGGCCAGGUUGCCUUCCCCAGGUACUUUUCUCCUAUAAUACUACCCCUCAUCAAGCUACGGGUGAGUCUCCUUACUUUUUGAUGUUUGGGCAGGAGCCUAGACUUCCCGUUGACUUCCUGCUCGGUGGGGUUGAAGAACCACGAGCAGGUAGUGUACAUAGGUGGGUCUUGGAGCAUCAGGAUAGGUUGCAGAUUGCUUUUGGGGGUGCUCGUGAUCGAUUGAGGGCCGCGGCAGAUCGUCGGAUGGCCAGGCAUGAUCUGCAGGUACAAGAAGCACCACUGAAGGAGGGUCAGUUGGUAUACCUCCGUGACCAUAGCGUGAGAGGUAGACAUAAGAUCAACGACCUGUGGAGUGCAGUGGUGUACCAAGUAGUGAAGGCUCCUAAGGACGGGGGGGUGGUGUAUACUAUUGCCCCCGCCACAGAUUUAGGUAAGAUAAAGCAUGUGCACCGAUCCUUGCUGAAACUGCAGAUUGGUGGACACCUUUCCCCCACUUUGCAGGAAAGUCCGGUGAUUGAACCUGUUCAGCUUCCUAGAGAGGAAGAUCUAGAGGAGGGAGACUUGUUUGUUUUGGUGCCGGAAACAUUGCAAGCUGGUCGUGGGCAGGUUCCUGGAGGAGUCUCACCUUCUGUCCCUCAGAGGCCUGAGCAAGUACCAUCUGGUGAAGUCCAGCGGACAGAAGAAAUUCUGGAGACAGAGGUGAACCUGCAGCCGGUAAUGAGUCUUCCUUCAGACGCUGCUGUGGUCAGGAGGACGGGAAGGAGUACUGCUGGACGGCACCCUAACGUACAUCACCUCCCUCGAUCGGUGGGGGUAGGGACGGUAUCUAGUAUAGGGGGUAGUACAUCUGUUACUUGGUUUCGGCCGUGGAAGUGUGUAGACAUGGAUGUAGAACAGGAAUUCGGUAUCAAGACAGACCGGUCCAUUGUCGUGUUAGGCGUCGCCCACACUGACAAAGACGAAGAUAUUACUGCAACCCUUAAAAAGUAUGGCACAGUAACUAAAGUAGUUAGGCUGUCAACCACAGAAGAAGAGGAUAAAUGUAAUGCCAUUGUAGAAUUCGAAUCAGCUGCUGCUAACGCUUUAGUUGAGCCCAAGUUACCUUUUGACAUACAAAAUAUAAGGGACACUGUAGUGACAUGGCGUGUUGAUAGCAUUAAAGUACUCACACAGACAGUCACAGACUCUAGCGACUCUGAUGGCAGUAGCAGCACUGACUCUGACGACAGCACAACGCCCCUCAUUCAUAGAUCCAGGAAGAAAAAUGACAUUUCUAAGCCCUACCCACAUGUUUCCACGCAAGUGAAGAUAAAGCCCAAAUCAACAGCUAGGGGAAGGGUCGCUCCCACUUCGGCUGAUGACCUGGAUGAGGAAGUGUUGAACCCACCAGAGGUGAGGCGGAUUGUUGUUGAACAUGUGAUAAAAAGCGAUGCACCAAAGUCUCAAAAUGAUUCCAAGAGGUUGCGUUCAUUCUCUGGCAGAGUGCCUAAGCCACCAGGCGAAGCCGACUUUGAAACUUGGCUACUCCAUGUAGAGCUGAUGUUCCACGACAAUGUCUCUGUUGAAGUGCAGAGGAGGAGAAUAUUAGAGAGUUUGCUUCCUCCAGCCUCAGAUAUUGUUAGACAGCUAGGUUCAUCAGGUCAUCCCAGAGACUAUAUGAGGCUGUUGGAGUCUGCUUUUGGCCUGGUAGAAGACGGCGAAGAGAUAUUUGCUAGAUUCCUGAACACAAACCAGGAUCCAGGAGAAAAGGCUUCCACUUACCUGCAGAGAUUGCAAACGCUGCUGAGUACUGCAGUAAAGAGAGGAGGGGUUAGGCCGUCUGAUGUAAACCGGCACCUGAUGAAGCAGUUUAAGCGUGGCUGUUGGGACCACGACCUUGUUCUUCAGCUAGAGCUAAAAACUGAUAAAUCCCUUGACUUUGCUGAGUUCUUACUGCAGCUGAGAACUGAAGAGGACAAGAGAGCCACCAAACUUGACCGUAUGAGCCGCCAUUUAGGGACCUCCAAAGGAAAAUCCUCAGUGAAUAUCCAAAAGGUGGCCAACUUCUCUUGCCUUACUGAUAACAAUGCCAGUGUGUUACAAGCGUACAUAUCUGAGACUGAAAGCUUGAGGAAACAAGUUGCUGAGCUGCAAAUGCAACUCAACGCCAAGAAAUCCAAAAAAGAGAGAAGGCGUGAGGCUGCAGUUCUUGAGUCUGGCCUACAUCCACCACCACCCCGAGCUGAGGCUCAAGUUCACCAAGCGACUCCCCAAGUUACACCUAGAGCACAGCCAAAGGCUUGGUUCUGUUUUAGAUGUGGGGAUGAUGGCCACAUUGCCAGAAUGUGUGAGAACCCCAUGAACAAAGAUGCAGUCGACAUGAAAUACAAGGAACUGAAGUUAAAGCAGGAUGAGUGGAAAGCAAGACAGGGCUCUUCUUUAAACUGGGCGAGGCUCCGAGAUGAUCUCAUGAAUGGAUUAGUUGGAUCAAGAUCAUUAGUUAACGUCACCAUCGAAGGAAUUCAACAUGAGUGCCUUAUUGAUUCAGGCUCACAAGUCACCACAAUCUCCAAGUCAUUCCAUGACUCCCACUUAGCUUCUCAUCCAAUUUGUCCUUUGGCUAAUCUCAUUGAAGUAGAGGGGGCAGCAGGCCAGCGUGUGCCUUAUAUUGGUUAUAUUGAGAUUGAAAUACUCUUUCCAGAGACUUUCACGGGUAGCCCCAAAACUGUUAGCACGCUAGCUCUCGUCGUUCCCGAUUCUAGUGCCUCUGUUCACGUCUCAGUCCUCAUUGGAACUAAUGCUCUGGACGUCUUGUAUGACGGGUUCAGUGAGGAGAUUGGUGGGCCUGUCCCUGAAAAUUGUGCGUAUGCUGUUCUCAUCCAACACCUGCACAGUCUGUAUAAGAAUAAAGCACAAGGCAAAAACAAAGUGAAUAAAGUCAAACUUCUUCACAAGAAGGCAAUAGUCAUCCCAGCAGGCCAGAAAGUUGCAGUAGAUGGCUAUACGAGGAACGUGAAUAGUCUUUCUGGCACUUCCCUAUUGGUAGAUUUCCCAUCUCAUUCAUGCUUACCAAACGGAUUGACCUUCUGCAGUUAUGUCAUGUCAAGUCCCAAACGGACAUCUUUUAAAGUGCCUGUUUUGCUCAAGAAUGAAACCCCACACAGUGUUACAGUGCCAGCACACUGCACCUUAGCAGAGCUCACCGUUCCAUUAUCUGUUUCCCCACUUACCUCUUUAACAGGCAAAGACGUAACCAAGAGUAAACAGUCAUCCUCUGCUAGCACCGCAACUAGGUGCUACACACUGCACUCAGUGGCUCCAGAAAACCUCAUCACUUUUGAUUUUGGUGACUCUCCACUCUCCGAAGAGUGGAAAGAAAGGAUUACAAAGAGGUUGAAUUCAAUUUCUGAAGUCUUUGCGAGUGGUGACCUUGACUAUGGACAUACAACAGCAGUCAAGCACAAGAUCCGUCUUUCUGAUCCAACACCCUUUAAGCAGAGAGUGAGACCCAUCCACCCAUCCGAUUACGAAGCUGUCCGGCUCCACUUGGAAGAGCUGUAUGACGCGGGCAUCAUUAGAGAGUCUGAGAGUCCAUUUGCAUCACCAGUUGUAAUUGUAAAGAAGAAGAGUGGCAAAAUUCGAUUAUGCAUUGAUUACAGAAAAUUAAAUGCUCAGACCAUUAAAGAUGCUUACGCUUUGCCAAAUAUUGAGGAGACUUUUACUGCUCUGACUGGGUCGAGAUGGUUCUCUGUGAUGGACUUGAAGUCAGGCUUCUAUCAGGUGGAAAUGGCAGAGGAGGACAAGCCUAAAACAGCCUUCGUCACUCCUAUGGGGUUUUGGGAGUUCAAUAGGAUGCCACAAGGGGUAACAAACGCUCCAAGCACAUUCCAAAGAGUCAUGGAGAAAUGCAUGGGCUCCUUGAACCAAAAAGAAGUUCUUGUUUUUCUUGAUGACCUUAUUUUGUUCUCGGAAACCCUUGAACAGCACGAGGAGAGACUCAUGCGAGUUCUGAGCAGGCUGAAAGAGUUUGGGCUCAAGUUAUCGCCUGAGAAGUGUCAUUUUUUCAAGAAGUCGGUAAAGUACUUGGGACAUGUUGUCUCGGAGAAUGGAGUAGAAACUGACCCUGAAAAGAUUUCUGCGCUCACAACUUGGCCCCGACCAGACAAUAUUAGAGAGCUUAAGUCCUUUCUUGGUUUUACCGGAUAUUACAGAAGAUUCAUCAAGGACUUUUCAAAAAUUGCAAAGCCCCUCAAUGAUCUGACUGCUGGCUACAUUCCGGCAAGGCGGAAAUGCAAAGCCAAGUCCUUUGCCAGCACAGACCUUAAGUCACCCUUUGCUGAAAAAUGGACAGCUAAGUGCGAACAAGCAUUCAGGGCUCUCAUUGGAAAGUUAACAACUGCCCCAAUUUUGGGCUUUGCCAAUCCUCGACUGCCAUAUGUUCUCCAUACUGAUGCUAGUCUUCAUGGCCUUGGGGCGGCUCUGUAUCAACAGCAGGAUGGACAGAUGAAAGUUAUUGCCUACGCCAGUAGGGGGUUGUCAAACUGUGAGCGGAGAUACCCCACACAUAAACUGGAAUUUCUUGCCUUGAAGUGGGCAAUAACUGACAAAUUUUCUGACUAUCUCUAUGGAGCCGAGUUCACCGUUGUCACUGACAACAACCCCCUGACUUAUAUUUUAUCAUCCGCCAAACUAGAUGCUGCUGGCCACCGGUGGCUAGCGGCCCUGUCAAAUUUCAACUUCAGCAUUCAGUAUCGGGCCGGCAAGAGAAAUCAAGAUGCAGACGGCUUAUCCAGGCGUCCACAUGACCUUGAUGAGACAGAUUUGAGUGCCAAAGCUGAAGACGAUAGAGUUUUGCAGUUCCUGUCAAAGUUUUUAAAAGAACAGAGUGAUGCCACUUUUCCAAAAGAAGCAAUUAAAGCUGUAUGCCAGAGACAUGACCUAGAUGGAGCUUUCAGUAUGGGGAAAGAGAGUAAUUACUCACCUGUGAUUGUUGAAUCCCUUGCCAUGGAUGCAAGUGCUAUCCCAGCUGAGUUCACUCAUUCUGAUAUGCUUCCAGGAUCCAGCACCCUUCCCAGAAUGUCACCGUUGGAAUGGGCUGCAGAGCAGAGAGCUGAUCCAGUAAUCAGCAGAAUCAUGGACAUACUUACCACAGGGAAACGCCUUUCCUAUCAUGUCAGACAGAAAGAGGACAAAGAAGUCCAACUCAUGCUUCGAGUGCAGGAUCAACUCGUCAUUAACAAUGCGGUCCUUUACCGCAAGAGGAUGAACAGUGGUAAACCAUUUUUCCAGCUGGUUCUUCCCACAAAGUAUCGUGAAACAGCUCUAGAAGGUCUCCACGAUUCAGUUGGACACAUGGGAUUCGAGAGGACCAUAGACCUGGUCCGUACACGGUUUUAUUGGCCAAAGAUGUCUACGGACGUAGAUAAGAAGUUGCGAACUUGUGAGAGAUGUAUUCGUCGCAAAGCAAAAGCUGAGAGGACAGCCUGUCUUGUGAACAUUAGGACCAGCAGACCACUCGAACUAGUCUGCAUGGAUUACCUGUCUUUGGAACCUGAUGGCCGUGGGACAAAGGACAUUCUAGUAAUAACUGACCAUUUUACAAAAUAUGCUGUUGCAGUACCUACUGCAGACCAGAAGGCCAAGACGGUAGCCAAGACGUUGUGGAACAGUUUCUUUGUUCACUAUGGCAUACCUGAGCGUCUACAUAGCGAUCAAGGUCGGGACUUUGAAUCUGCUGUAAUCAAAGACCUUUGCCUGCUGUUGGGGAUCAAGAAAACCAGAACCACCCCUUAUCAUCCACGCGGCAAUCCUGUGGAACGGUUCAAUAGAACGCUUUUGGAGAUGCUUGGGACUCUAGAGGAAGAAAGUAAGGCCAGGUGGCGAGACUAUGUGCAGCCUUUGGUGCACGCAUACAAUUGCACCAGAAAUGACACAACAGGCUUUUCUCCUUACCAGCUAAUGUUUGGGAGGCAGCCAAACCUCCCAAUUGAUGUGGCGUUUGGAUUACACCCAGAGGGGCAGAGCAGAACCACUCAUAUUGAUUAUGUGAAAAGGCUCAAAGAGAAUCUGCAGGAGAGCUACAGACUUGCAGUGGAACACAGUGAAAGAAUCGCUCAGAAAAACAAACAGAGAUAUGACAUGAAAGUAAGAGAAUCCAUCUUGGAAGUAGGAGACCAUGUCCUCGUCAAGAAUGUCGGGGUGCGGGGCAAACACAAGAUAGCUGACCGCUGGAGUCGAACUGUGUACAAAGUAGUGAAACACAUAAAUGAUUCUCCUGUCUAUGUCGUAGCACCUGUUCAUUCUGAUGGCCCUGAAAGGACACUGCAUCGUGACUUGCUCUUACCUUGUGGCUUCCUGGCUCCAUCCGAAGAAGCAGAAGAGAAUCAGCAUAAGCAAAACAAAGCCACAGUGCAACCUGCUCAGACUCCAGUGUCUGGAGAGGGAGAACAGCUGGAAUCAUAUGAUAGUGAGGAGGAAGUUGAUUACGACUAUCCAGAGGAAAUGCUGGUGACAAUUCACCCACCUGUCACUGUUGUCCAUGAAAUCCCUCAGAUUUAA